CGCCGAGUCCUUCAGCGCCGAGCGGGGCGGGCGCCCGGGGGCCGCGCGGCUGCUGCUGGUGGUGACGGACGGGGAGUCCCACGACGGGGAGGAGCUGCCGGCGGCGCUGGCCGAGUGCGAGCGGCGCAACAUCACCCGCUACGCCAUCGCCGUCCUGGGGCACUACCUGCGGCGGCAGCAGGAUCCCGAGGAUUUCAUCCGGGAGAUCAAGUUCAUCGCCAGCGACCCCGACGAGAAGUACUUCUUCAACGUCACCGACGAGGCCGCCCUCAACGACAUCGUGGACGCGCUGGGAGAUCGGAUCUUCAGCCUCGAAGGCACCCGUGAGGACAACGAGAGCGCCUUCGAGCUGGAGAUGUCCCAGAUCGGCUUCUCCAUCCACCUCCUCGAGGACGGGAUCCUCUUUGGAAUGGUGGGAGCCUACGACUGGGAGGGGGGCGUGCUGGAGGAGAGCCGGCGAGGGCGCAUCAUCCCACCCCGGGAAGCAUUCCAGGGGGAAUUCCCGCUGGAGCUGAAGAACCACGCGGCGUAUCUCGGUUACUCGGUGUCCUCGCUGCGGCUGCCGGGGGGGCAGCGCCUGUUGGUGGCUGGAGCCCCCCGAUUCCAGCACAAGGGCAAAGUCCUCCUGUUCCAGCUGGACCCCGCGGGCACCGUCACGGUGACCCAGACGCUGAUGGGGGAGCAGAUCGGCUCCUACUUCGGCAGCGAGGUGCUGGCCCUGGACCUGGAGGGGGACGGGGCCACCGACCUGCUGCUGGUGGCAGCGCCCACCUACCUGGGGGGCCAGAGCAGGGAGGCGGGGAAGGUCUACCUGUACCGCGUGGGGCAGGACCGCCUGAGCCCCGCAGGGUCUCUGCACCCCGAGGCGCGGCCGCAGGACUCGCGGUUCGGCUCCGCGCUGGGCGCGGUGCCGGACCUGGGGCAGGACGGGCUGGCGGGCGCCGUGGUGGGUGCCCCGCUGGAGGACGGGCACCGCGGGGCCCUCUACGUGUUCCACGGCGCCCCGGGCACCCUCGUGCCCCGGCACAAGCAGCGCAUCGAGGCGGCGGCGCUGGGGUGGAACCUCCGCUAUUUCGGGAUCAGCGUGGACGGACGGAUGGACAUGGACGGGGACGGGCUGGUGGACGUGGCUGUGGGGGCGCAGGGGGCGGCCGUGGUGCUGCGGUCCCGCCGGAUCGUCCGGGUGUCCGUGGGGGUGUCGGUGGAGCCGGGGGCCAUCAGUGUCACCCGCAGGAACUGCCAGCGCGGCGGCUCCGGUGCCGUUUGCCUCCGCGCCCGGAUCUGCUUCCGUGCCGGGACGCGCUCCCGGAGCCCCGGAGACAUGGAUAUCGAUCUCCGGUACAACGUGUCCCUGGAGGAGCGGAUCCCGGGAUCCCGCGCCGCCUUCGACUCGGGCUCCCGCCGGCUGCUCCAGCGCCGGAUCGAGCUCCCGCUGGGAAGGCAGAGCUGCAUCCGCGUCCCCUUCCACGUCCUGGACACCUCGGAUUACCUGCGGCCCCUCGGCCUCACCCUCAGCUGGGCCCUGGACGAGGCCACGGGGCCGGUGCUGGAUGAGGCGUCUCCCACCUCCCUCCGCAAGCUGAUCCCGUUUUUCAAGGACUGUGGGGAGGACGACGAGUGCGUCUCCGACCUGGUGCUCCGGGCCAGCGCGGACAUCGCCGGCUCCAGGCAGAGCCCCCACGUCCUGCGGAAGGGCCGGAGGCGGAUGCUGGUGCGGGUGGAGCUGGAAAACCGGGAGGAGAACGCCUACAACGCCAGCCUGUGGCUGCGGCUCUCCGGGAAUCUCCACUUCUCCAGCCUCGUGCUCCAGGAUCCCGGCGCGGUGAAGUUGGAAUGUUCGGCGCUGGGGGGGCACCGCUGGCGCUGCAGCGUCGGGUACCCCGUGUUCCGCUCCCACGCCAAGGUGUCCUUCACCCUGGAGCUGGAGUUCAGCUGCUCCGUCCUGCUGGACCGCGCCGAGGUCACGCUUGAGGCCACCAG